CCUCCCGCCCCUCCGCCGUCCCCCGGCCGAGGGAAGCGGCGAGGCCCCGGCGCGGAGCGGAGCUCGGCGGGGCAGCUCCGGGCAUGGGGCGCCCCCGGAGGCCGCGGCCUCUGCGAGCCUCCCUCGGCUGCCUCCUGGGCCUCCAGCUGGUGCUCGGCGCUGCGCACCCAGACUCCAAAGUCUUCCUCAUCUACAACGCGGGCGCUCAGGGCUGCCUGGAGACCAAGGACUCGCUGGUGCGGCUCGCCAAGGGCUGCAACGCCAGCGCCCCGGCCCAGCAGUGGAAAUGGGUCUCGCGCAACCGCCUCUUCAACGUGGGGGCCAUGCAGUGCCUGGGGGUGUCGUGGCACGGGGCCAAUGCCACGGCCGGGCUGCACCCCUUGGCCACCUACGAGUGCGACCGCGAGUCCAUCAACAUGCGCUGGAGCUGCCGCAGCCUCGGCGAGCAGCUCUCACAGCACCUCGGCGCCCGCCCGGGCAAUUCCUCGCUGGACAGAGGGGACCAGGCGCGCGGCUCUCAGUGGAGGACGUACGGCACCGAGGAGGAUCUGUGCUCCGUGCCCUACUCCGAGAUCUACACCAUCCAGGGCAACUCGCACGGGAAGCCCUGCACCAUCCCCUUCAAGUACGACAACCAGUGGUUCCACGAGUGCACCAGCACGGGGCGGGAGGACGGCCACCUCUGGUGCGCCACCACUCAGGACUACGGCAAGGACGAGCGAUGGGGUUUCUGUCCCAUAAAGAGUAACGACUGCGAGACCUUUUGGGACAAGGACCACCUCACCAACAGCUGCUACCAGUUCAACUUCCAGUCCACGCUGUCCUGGCGGGAGGCUUGGAACAGCUGUGAGCAGCAGGGAGCCAACCUGCUCAGCAUCACCGAGAUCCACGAGCAGACCUACAUCAACGGGCUGCUGACGGGGUACAGCUCCACGCUCUGGAUCGGGCUCAACGACCUGGACAUCAACGGGGGCUGGCAGUGGUCGGACAACUCGCCGCUCAAGUACCUCAACUGGGAGAGCGACCAGCCCGACAACCCCAGCGAGGAGAACUGCGGCGUGAUCCGCACCGAGUCGUCCGGAGGGUGGCAGAACCGCGACUGCGGCAUCGCCCUCCCCUACGUCUGCAAGAAGAAGCCCAACGCCACCGCUGACCCCUUCCUGACGGACUCGUGGUCAGAGGUGAAGGUGGACUGCGAGCCCAGCUGGCAAUCCUUCCAGUCCAACUGUUACCGCCUGGUGGGGGAGAAGAAGAGCUGGCAGGACGCGAAGAAGACCUGCCUGCGGAGCGGGGGGGACCUGGUCAGCAUCCACACCCUCUCCGAGCUCGAGUUCGUCACCAAGCAGAUCAAGCAAGACGUGGAGGAGCUCUGGAUUGGCCUAAACGACCUCAAGUUGCAGAUGAACUUCGAGUGGUCGGACGGGACGCCCGUGAGGUUCACCUACUGGCACCCCUUCGAGCCCAACAACUUCCGCGACAGCCUGGAGGACUGCGUGACCAUCUGGGGACCGGAAGGGAGGUGGAAUGACAGCCCCUGCAACCAGACCCUGCCCUCUAUCUGCAAAAAGCCCGGCCGGGUGAGCCAGGAGAAAGAGGAGGAUGACCACGGGUGCCGAAAGGGCUGGAAGUGGCACAGCCCCUCCUGCUUCUGGCUGGGCGAGGACCGCGUCACCUACAGCGAUGCCCGCAAGCUGUGCUCCGACUACGGCUCCACGCUGGUCACCAUCACCAACAGGUUCGAGCAGGCAUACGUCAGCAGCCUCAUCUAUGGCUGGGACGGCGAGUAUUUCUGGACGGCGCUGCAGGACAUCAACGAGACGGGCGCUUUCCGCUGGCUGAGCGGCGACGAGGUCAUGUACACCCACUGGAACCGCGACCAGCCCGGUUACAAUAAGGGCGGCUGCGUGGCUCUGGCCACCGGCAGCUCCAUGGGGCUGUGGGAGGUGAAGAACUGCAGCACCUUCAAGGCCAAGUACAUCUGCCGGCAGAACCUGGGCACGCCGGUGAACCCCGAGCUGCCCAGCCCCUACCCCACGCCCAGCCUCACCGGCGCCUGCCCCCCCGGAUGGAGCGCGGACCCCAAGCUGCGGCACUGCUACAAGGUGUUUAAUUUUGACAAGCUGCAAGAGAAGAAGACGUGGAUCGCGGCGCAGGAGUUCUGCCGGGAGCUGGGGGCUCAGCUGCUCAGCCUGGGCAGCUACGAGGAGGAGCACUUCGUCGCCAACACCCUCAACAAGAUUUUUGGCGAGUCAGAGCCGGAGAUCCACGAGCAGCACUGGUUCUGGAUUGGCCUCAACCGGCGGGACCCUGCGGGGGACCGGAGCUGGCGGUGGAGCGACGGGCUGGGGUUCUUCUACCACAACUUUGACCGCAGCAACUACGACGACGACGACAUCCGGAACUGCGCGGUGCUGGACCUGGCGUCCCUGCAGUGGAUGCCAAUGCAGUGCGAAGCCCAGCUGGACUGGAUCUGCAAACUGCCCAAAGGUGCUGAUGUGAAGGAGCCAGAGAUCACAACCCAAGGCAGCAAAGAGUGGGUGAAGUACCAGGAGGCCGAGUACAAGUUCUUCGAGCACCACUCGACGUGGGUGCAGGCGCAGCGCAUCUGCAGCUGGUUCCAGGCAGAGCUGGUGUCGGUGCACGGCGAGGCCGAGCUGCGCUUCCUGGGCCAGAACCUGAAGAAGUUCUCCAGGGGCCAGGAGCAGCAUUGGUGGAUCGGGCUGCACACCUACGAGAAUGACGGGAGGUUCAAGUGGUCCGAUGGGUCCCUCCUCAACUUCGUCUCCUGGGCACCUGGCAAGCCGCGUCCCAUCAACAAGGACAAGAAGUGCGUCUACAUGACGGCCAGCAGAGAGGACUGGGGGGACCAGAAGUGCCUGACGGCGCUGCCCUACAUCUGCAAGCGGAGCAAUGCCACCGCCGUGAAGCCCUCCCCGCCACCGAUGCCCGCUCCCACAAGCGGGGGCUGUCCCCAUGGCUGGUUCCCCUUCCUCAGCAAGUGUUUCAGCUUCAACGGCCGCGACAAAGCCGAGAUCAUGAAGUGGCCGGAGGCGAAGCAGGCGUGUGAGAACCAGGGCGCCGUGCUGGCCACCAUCUCCAACCCACUGGAGCAGGCUUUCAUAACAUCCAUGCUGCCGAACAUCUCCUUCGACCUCUGGAUUGGCCUCCACGAUGCCAAGAAGGAGUUCCAGUGGGUGGAGGGCGAGCCGCUGCGGCACGUGAGCUGGGCGCCUGGCGAGCCCUCGGGGUGCAGCGCCUCCAGCCCCAGUGACAAGCCGACCAACUGCGUGGUGGUGUGGCACGGCUCCCCCCCACACUUCACGGGGCGCUGGGACGACCGGAGCUGCGUGGAAGAGAAGCACGGCUACAUCUGCCAGCGGAGCAUAGACCCGUUCCUGAGCCCCGCGCGGACGCCGUACCCUCCCUCGCCCACCGGCACCCUCUUUUACCACAACAGCACUUACCGCAUCCUGCAGAAACCCCUCAGGUGGCACGAGGCCCUGCUGCUCUGCGAGACCCUCAACGCCACCCUGGCCACCAUCCCCGACCCCUACAGCCAGGCCUUCCUCACCCAGGCCGUCAGCAGCCUGCGGGCCCCGCUCUGGAUCGGGCUGGCCAACAACGAGGGAGGCCGGAGCUACUCGUGGCUGACGGAGGAGAACCUCUUCUACGCCAACUGGCAGGACGGGGAGCCCCAGCAGGUCGCCAGCUGCUCCUACAUGGACGCGGACGGGAGCUGGCGCACGGCCGGCUGUGACACCAAGCUGCAGGGCGGCAUCUGCCAGCUCCGGUCAGGUGCCACCCGCGCACACAAGUGGAGCUACAGCGGCAGCUGCCCCAAGUCGCUGGAGGACUCAUCGUGGAUCCCCUUCCGGGACCACUGCUACACCUUCCACAUGGAGAUCACCCUGGGGCAGAAGGAUGCCAUGCGGAGGUGCCAGAAAGUUGGUGGCACGGUGUUGUCCAUCCAGGACGAGACGGAGAACGUCUUUGUGUGGGAGCAUCUCCAGGCCUACGAGGGCCCAUCCAAGGGUGCCUGGCUGGGCAUGACGUUCAACCCCAAAGGAGGUACCUUGGUUUGGCACGACAACACCGCCGUGAACUACUCCAACUGGGGCCAGCACGACACGGGGCCCAGCAUGCUGAGCCAGAACAGCUGCUACUGGAUCCAGAGCAGCAACGGCGUCUGGCGCCUGGGCUCCUGCACCAACGUCACCAUGGGGGUCAUCUGCAAGAUCCCCCGAGCGGAGGAGAGCAGCUUUUCCAGGGCAGCUCUGCCGGAGAACACGACAGCCAUCGCGGUGGUGGUGCUGUCAACGCUGGUGCUGUGCGCCCUGCUGGGCAUCGCCGUCUACCUGUACAAGCGGCGGAGGAGCUCGGAGCGAGGCGCCUUUGAGAGCGCCCGCUACAGCCGCACCACCUCCAACCCCAGCGAAGCCGCCGAGAAGAACAUCCUGGUGUCGGACAUGGAGAUGAACGAGCAGCAAGACUAACGGCAGGGGGGACGCUGGGGACGGGGGGAUGGGGAGGGGGGGAUGGAGAGCAUCACACAGGCUAUCCCCAGGGCGAGCACGGCAGGGGCAGCAGCGGGUCAAGGAGAGGGGCUGGGGUCGGGGUGUCCCAAGGGUCACUGCCGCCACCUCCGGGCUCGUCCCCGGCUGCUGGGUGUUCGUCUGCAGCAGCCACGGAGGCGGUUUCAGGGCUAAAAUGUUUAGGGGAAAGUUGCCCCCUGCUUUAAGAGCUUUCCCUGAACAGGCUCCGAGACACCUUCCCCUUGGGAGAAGGCAAGCGUGGGCGUUCAGGGCCCUGCGGUGGGCUCGCUCCCCCCGGAAAACGAGCUGGUGUCUGAGAAGACAUCCUCCUGGGCAAGAGGUCUCCAAAGCCAAUCUACCUCCCCUUCCUGCGUGCGAGGAGGGCCAGCCCCACGACCCCGCCAGUCCUCUCCCCCUCCUCGUCCUCAUCUCCCACCUCCAGCAGCAGAGACGUCGCGGUGACCCCAGCAAGGACACCCCCACCCCAACCCCAACAGCUCAGCGAUGCGACCCCUUCUCCUCCCCGCUGCAUCCCUCGGGCUGCAUCCGGCCAUGGCGAGGCAGCCGCUGCUGCUUCCUGCGGGCUGGUGGCACAAUCCUGCCCUGCUCGCUGCUCCGUUGGUCCCUGUCCUGGUUAGCACAGAGCAAACCUCCCCGGUGGGAGCGUCCUUGGCACCCCAGGUUUUGAGCAGAUCAGAGAACUGGAAGCCCCAAGCAUCCUCCUGUUGGUUAGGCGCAGCGCUGGUCGGCGGCCCUGCUCCCCGAGCCACUCGGCACUCAGAUCCCCUGAGAGAUUUGGCCAGUUUCUGCCCGACUGCAAAGCGCGUGGAGGAGGGAGCAAAAAAUAAAGAAAAGGCUCGGGGCCAGGCACCGAGAGCUGGAGCUGCCCUGCGUCCCCCGCGCCCACCCACUCACCACCCUUCCUUGCAGGGCAGGGACAGCGCAGGGCUGGUUUUGCUUGUUCGGGCCAGGAGGACGAGCGUAAGGGAUGUAGGGUGGGCACCAAUUCGGAUUUUUUUUUGGUGGUAAUUUUGGAGGUUUUUGUUUUGUUUUUUGUUUUUUUUUUAAGGAAACGAUAGCUUUUUUUGCUAUACUGUAUUGAGUGCGUGCUGAAUAUAUACGUUCUUUCACACAGCUGGCUGGGGUAUGUGUGGUUGCCUGUUUUACGUGUAAGGUGUAGGUGAGGAGGAGGAAGGCGCUGCAUGGCUGAGCCCCCUGCUCGCUGUCGAGCUGUGCAAUAAGGAGCGCGCGUGCCCCGGGGCUGAGCCGUCCUGCUCCUGCAGCAGCACCCCCGGCACUGGGGUCGGAACAGAGGAUGCCCGGAGGUAGCGAGAGAUGCUCAGGCCCUGCAGGGGGGUCCCUGCUGGGAACGGGACCCGAAAGAGCCCCCAUAACCUCUGAAGCAAGGCGGCAGAACCCCCAUAAAAAGACGUUUUCACGUAGCCCUCUGCCUCCAAGGCUCACUUUUUUUGUUGUGAAGACGAGGGGAACUAGCUAAGUUGUGUUACUCUCAUUUUUGACACCUGUGUCGAUUUUAAAAUCUGUUGAUUUCACUUAAGCUGGACAUUAAGUGUUUAAGAAACUGUUGGGGGGUGGGACAGGGGAACAAGGGAUCGUUUUGUUUUGUUUACUUUUUGGCAACGUCUAAAAGCCGCCACGACAUUUCAGGGCGAGAGAGAGCCUGGAGCUGCCCCGGGUCCGGUUCUCGGUCUUGGCUUUGUCCACAUUCAUUUCUUGAGGUCCUUUCUGGCUUGGAGCUGUUGGUUUUCUUUCCUGUUGUGGGUGCCGGAUCCUGGAGAGCUGAGCAUGAGUCCGUCCCGAUCCCUGGCCCCAGCAGGCGUUCAGCUCCUCCAGCACCUGGGCUCGCGGGGGAUGCUGCACUGCACGUCCUCUGCGACUCCUCCCGCUGGUGGGAAGUCCCAAAGGAAAAGCUGAGGUCAGGUUUGGUGGGAUGGAGUGGGGGAAGAGCGGUGCUGAGGGCAAGAGGUGCAGCUGGGCAGGAUUGGGCUCAUUUAGGGCAUCGCACAGAGCCCUGGGCUCAGUGGGGCUGGCACAGCGUGGGGUUCUCCGUGCUCUGUCACAGCCCAUGGCUUUCACCCAGCCCUAUCCAGGAACACUUUUUUAAAGAGAUUUUUCUUUUUAUUUUUUUCUUGAUUAAUUUCCUUCUCUUUCCUCCUUCUCUACCUUCAAGCAAAGAAGUCUGUACAAUAUAGGGGAAAUUUUGUACAAGAAUAAUUUUGUCAGCUGUUGGCAGUGAUCAGGAUUGCAGGAAAAUUGCAUAUACGGUUAAGUGGUAUCGCCUAUCACCAUUAGAAUAAUGUGAAGAAUUGCUUAAAAGGACCCUGUCAAUUAUAUAUAUAUAUAUAAUAUAUAUAUAUAUAUAGUUUUGCAUUUUUUUACUCUCUGUGGUGUGUAAGAUCCUUUUAGAAGCUUGGAAAUAAAAUUUCCUUCCCCAC